CCAGUACUUGAUGUUCGGAAAGAGUAUUCUAUCGAAUAAUGAGGUUAGUGGUGCGAAUGAAGCGGUGAAAUUGAUGAACGAGGCUUUCGAUUUGAGUGAGAAAGGAUUGAGAAUUGUGAAAGGGACAGAGGAAACCCUAGCGUUGAAGGAAUUGAGAUCGAAGACGCUUAGAUUUGUAUCAGCGUCGCAUUUACAGAGAGAUGAGUUCGAGAGUGUGCUGAAAUGUGUUAAGAUUCUAAGAGAUGGCGGCGGGGACCAGCACCCGAGUUUGAGUGUGUUGGCCAUGAAGGCGUGGUUGGGAUUGGGAAGGUAUGGGGAAGCUGAGAAGGAGCUAAGGGGCAUGGUGGUAGAUAAGGGGAUACCGGAAGGCGUUUGGGUGUCUGCAGUGGAGUCAUAUUUUCAGGCAGCGGGAGCUGCCGCCGCAGAGACGGUCAAGGGCUUGUUUUUGGGGCUCUUGGGGAGGUGUCAUGUAAGUGCUGGGGCGGCGAUCAGGGUGGUGAAUAAGGUGGUUGGGGACAGUGGUGGUGGUGAGGGGCCCAGAGUGAGGGCUAAGGUGGUGGCUGAGCUUGUGUCGGAUGAGAGAGUCGUGGCACUUUUUGCCGGAGGGGCCGCUGCAAAGGAGCGGACGGCAAUGCAUGCUCUUCUGUGGAACUGUGCUGCUGAACUUUUUCGAUCAAAAGAUUACGAGGCCAGUGCUGAGAUGUUUGAGAAUUCAAUGCUUUAUGUCCCGUAUGAUAUAGAAAAUAGAAUCCUUCGAGCAAAGGGCUUCAGAGUGUUGUGUCUCUGCCAUCUUGGCCUUUCCCAGUUGGAUCGAGCUCAAGAAUAUAUUAAUGAGGCUGAAAAGCUUGAACCCAACAUUGCCUGUGCUUUCCUUAAGUUUAAGAUCUACCUGCAAAAGAAUGAGCUCAAUAAAGCUAUUGCUCAGAUGCAAGCAAUGUCAACCUGCCCUGAUUUCAGUCUAGACUUCCUCUCCCUUUCUGCUCAUGAAGCUGUUGCUUGCCGUGCUCUAUCGGUUGCUGUCGCAUCUCUAUCCCAUCUGCUAAAUUUUUACUCCGUAGGGAAACCAAUGCCAAUGACUGAAGUCAUGGUUCUUCGUACCCUAGUCACAGUCCUAAUGCAAGAGCCUGACAACGAGUCUGAUAUUCUUAAAUAUAUGAAACGAGCUCAUGCUCGGUUGUCUGAACUUGGACCUGACAGCUUCCUUGGGAAAGGCGAAGUUGGAAGACGGGAAUGGAAUUGGUUUGCAGUAAACUUAUGGAAUAUUGGCGCAAGAACUGGGAAGGAGAAUAAGUACGAAUUGUGUGCAGAAUUCUUUAGAUUGGCAUCAGAGUUUUUUAGUAUUAAGGUUGAUGGCGAAGUGGAGGGAAAUAAUGUGAUGGUUUGCAAAUCACUGAUAUUGACUGUGUCUGCCAUGAUAGCUGAUGAGAAGCAAAGAAAUGCAACAUUGCUGGAUACUGAAGUCAAACAAGCCAUUGAACUGCUAGAUAGAGCUGGAAAGAUACUAUCGUUAAUUUCAGCUGGAACUCGAUCAGGUGAUGAUCAGAUCACUGCUGUGGGGUCCAACUUCUUCUUUGUAUACACUUGGACUUCGUAUGAUCUACAUUCAAGGCUCAGUGAUGUGGGAUCUCAGCAGCUCCUCCUGAUAAAGAGCUUUGCUAGCUCAAAGUUUUGCAAUCCAAUGUACCUCCUUCAGCUAGGCGUUAGUGCCUCUCAAGGGCCAAGGUCCAACCCUGAAGUAGCUACCUUCUCCUUAAAUACGUGCCUCUCGUCCCUCCUCGCUUCCCCUUUGCCAGAUUAUCAAUGUGUGGCUCUUGUUCUCAGGAAACUGAUUUCUGUGGUUGCCAUUCAUAAGGGGAAUACAGAUGAUGAUGUAGUUUAUGGGGCAUACAAGCAAGCAUACCGGAUCAUGGUGGGGUUGAAGGAAGGGGAGUAUCCGAUUGAAGAGGGGAAAUGGCUUGCCAUGACAGCAUGGAACCGCGCUGCUCUCCCCGUGAGGCUGGGGCAUGUUGAGUCAGCAAAGAGGUGGAUGGAUAUUGGAUUGGAACUGGCUGGGAAGGUUCCGGGAAUGCAAACUUAUAGGUCAUGCAUGGAAGAUUUCGUUGCUGGCUUUGAGAAGAAAUUUCAUGCCCAUGACAAACCUGAAAACAGGUCUCUAGUAGUAACAUAAUUUGCAAGUCUUCAUCUUGUACAGAAGAUCAAUGGUACAGCUUCAAGGUCUUGGGACUCUUGCACAAAUGGCUAUCGGUACAAUCCAUUCUUUUUGAUGUCCAGUUGAGACUUUAUGCACCUAGCCCCGCCUUCUGUCUUCAGAUUCUGAUACGUGGAUAGCAAAAGCAGAUUUCUCGUACGUAUGCAAUGCAUGGAAUGCUUCAAGUUAUCGGAUUUUGUCAUUUACAUACUUAAUGGGGAAGUAUGCACACACGCUAAGAUGCAGAUCUCAAUGUCAUUGCUUAAAAACUGAAAAAAAAAAAAACAGAUCCCUCACAUAGAUUAGAACUUCUAUUUGGUAAUACUAGAUAUUUUUGCUAAUAAAGAUUAAUCUUUUUC